UGGAGGCGGAUGACGUCGUAUGCGAAUCCUCUUCCCCGGGCUCCUGGGACUUAUCUGGAGACCCAGGCUCCUUUCGCACCGCUUUGCGGCCCGGCUGCCUUAUGUGCACUCCGCAGCUGCACCUGCUGCUGCUGCUGCUGCUGGUGGUCCUGAUGCUUUCUAACGCCGCCCGGCCGCAGCCCUCCUCCACAGCCCGGUCUCUGCCCACCUCCUGGGGCCUGGGGCCAGUGACGCCCGAAGUGCCAACCUCAGCUCCUCCGGACUCGUCUGAGAGUCCAACUCCCUGGACGCUGUCGAUGCCCGAGAAUGCGACCACCGACCCCUUCCCAGCCUUACCGAUCUGUGUCUGUGACUUGACUCCUGGUACCUGCGACUUAAACUGCUGCUGUGACAAGGACUGCGAUCUUCUCCAUCCCAGAACAGUCUUUUCCUUCUGUCUUCCUGGGAGUGUAAGAUCUUCAAGUUGGGUAUGUGUGGACAACUCUCUUAUGUUCAGGAGCAACUCCCCGUUUCCUUCCAGAGUUUUCACGGACUCCAGUGGAAUUGCACAGUUUUGUGUCCGUGUGAACGACUCAAAAUCAAACUAUUUCCAGAAGCUCCAAACAGUGAAUGCCACCAACUUCCAGGCCCUGGCUGCAGAGUUUGGAGGCCAGUCCUUCACUUUGACACAGGAAACCCAGCCGCCAUUGCUAUUCUAUAGGGCUGGGGACCCCAUCCUGAUCUACUACCCGAGCUGGUCUGUAGUGAGCUUACUGAGGCAGCCUGCAGCCGUGGGAGCUGGGGGACUCUGUGCCGAGAGCAACCCUGCAGGUUUCCUAGAGAGUAAAAGCACAUCGUGUCCUCGUUUCUUCAAGGACCUGGCCAGCAGCUGCACCUCGGAGCCAGCCCUGGAUGCUGCCUCUUACUAUAACUUCAGAGUCUUGAAGGUUCCGAGAGGUAUGACUGAUCUUCAGAAUACGAAGUUCCAGGUUCCUGUAACACAUGCCUCACAAGCCAGCCCUCCUCUGCUGGCUGGAAGCACGUGUCAGAAUGUCGUGUCCCAGGUCAUCUAUGAGAUAGAGACCAAUGGGACCUUUGGGAUCCAGAAAGUCUCUGUCAGCUUCAGACAGACCAACCUGACGGUCAAGCCAGGAGUUUCCUUACUGCAGGACUUCAUCAUUCACUUCAGGGCAUUUCAACAGAGAAAGGCUGCUUUUCCUGCUGCUCCGAGAAGCGGGAAUCCUGGCUACCUCACUGGGAAGCCACUCUUGGUGCUAACUGGAGACUUAGGUCACUCGAUGACCCUGUUGCAGAGCGAGGGUAAUGGGCUUUGCUCUGCUAAGAGACACGAAGUACAGUUUGGAGUGAACGCAAUAUCUGGGUGCCAGUUAAGGCCCAAAGAGGUGAGCUGCAGCCAGUUGCAGGAAGAGCUUUACCAGACUCUGCAUGGAAGGCCCAGACCAGAGUUCGUUGCCAUCUUUGGUAAUGCUGACCCAGCCCAGAAAGGAGGGUGGACCCGGAUCCUGAACAGGAGCUGCAGCAUUUCAACAGUUAACUGCACUUCCUGCUGUUUGAUACCAGUGUCCCUGGAGAUCCAGGUGUUGUGGGCACAUAUAGGACUUCAGUCCAACCCACAAGCUCAUGUGGCAGGAGCCCGAUUCCUGUACCAAUGCAAGUCUGUACAGGAGCACCAGAGAGGAAUAGAAGUAUCAUUGACGACUCUCGUGAACUUUGUGGACAUUACUCAGAAGCCAGAGCCACCUAGGGAUCAACCCAGAACUGACUGGAAGCUGCCAUUCGAUUUCUUCUUUCCCUUCAAAGCAGCGUUCAGCAGAGGGGCCAGUGUUCAGAAAGGCUCGUCCUCUCUCGUCCUCAUCCUAUUUAUCUUACUACUUGGACUUCUCAACUCACAGACCAAGUGAAGAAAGAAAAUAAGCAGGUUUCAUUUUUCCCUAUGGGAAACUAAAGACAGCCUACUUAUCUUGGCUACAUAGGUCCUCACUUACUCAUGAUUACAGGAGGGAAUUUAGGGAAACAGAACCUAACCGAAAGGAAUUUUUUUUCUUUCCAUUUUCUUAUUAUGUAGCCUUGGUUGACCUAGAAAUCCCAAGGGAGCCCAGGCUAGCCUCAGACACACAGAGAUUUCCCCCUGCCCGAAGUGCUAGGAUUAAAGGCAAGUGCCAUCACACCCUGCCAGGAGUCUUUAUCAAUUGAAGAUGGUACUCUAGGAAAGCGAUUACAAAUAUCCUAUCAUCAUAGCUCUCCUCUUAGGGCUUCUCGGACUUCCAGGUACACAAUGGGUUCUCUGCUUCGAACACUGGGCAGGCCAAGAGCCUCCAUCUCUUCAUGUUGUGUCUCUUUACAUUGUGUUUUGCCUUUCUAAUAAAUGUCGGCAUGAUCUGUCCAGCCAUUCACAGGCACAUGCUCCUGCCAUCACCCAGAGUGAACUCAGCAAGGCUGGCCCCUGCAUUAGCGCUGACAAUUCAAGCCAGGAAACUGCUGGCUCUAUAUUUUGUCUGGCUCUUUUGCCAAAGUAUAGCCACACCCUUUGCCCAGACUUGAAUUAGGAAAGUAGUUCUUUCUACUCGUUUUCCAAAGUGAAUGGAGUCCCAUCUCCUUUUCUCACUAGCAAGUGACCCCACCAGUCCUUUCUGUCCUCCCCUACUUUGUGGUGUGGGGUAAUAGAAGUGACUGAGAACUCUCUUGUAUUAAGUCCAGUAGCGAGGCAGAAGUUGACACCCCAUGACAAAUACCCUGAGUAUUUUUCUGUGUGUGAGGUUUAAAGGGGAGCAGGGACUCUCAUAAACUGUACUGUAGCAUUUGAAUCAGGUGACUUGACUUCUUUUCUUGGGAAAUACUCUCCUUCAGUCCAAUAUUAUGCCCGUGACUUCUGUUUAAGUCUGUUUCUUUAAGGAUAAGGCCUUGGUAGCUCACACCGAGGCCUAGCUGCCUGACCGGUCCACAGAAGUCGCAUGCACAGAGACGGGCUUCUUGGGCUCAUUUCCUCUUCUUGAGUGGAGACAAAUUAGUUGAGAAUUAUAGUAGAAAACUUAAAGACUCAUGCUGUCCUUUUAAUUUAAGGCAAGGCUUUGAUUGAAGAAGUGACAUUAAGUCUAAUUAUUUUAAACAUUAAACCUUGGACUGAGACAGUGAAUAUAGAGUUAAGAUGCCAAGGAAUAACUCCAGUCGAACCGUGUGAAACGUGCAAUUCUAAGGCGCCACCUCCUCUGAGUGAUGUGUGCCGCUGGAGCCAGACGGUCAAUGUGGCUCACAUUCUUGAUGGGUGAGCUUCAUAAGCAGGUUGGCACAGACAUCAAAAAUCUGCUGCCCUAGGAAAGUGAAUGGGAGGGGAAGCACCUGAGAACCUGGGACGAACUGAGGGGAGGCCCAGUCCUUUCUGUGGGUUAAAGUGAUCACAGGAAAAAUACUGAAUGGAUUAAGCAGCGAUGGAAGUUUGCUUUGUGGGAAUUUGAAAGCCAGGCAGAGAGGGUUGAGGUUAUUAAUGCUCUGAAACCCAAAUUGGUUUUGUUUGUUUGUUUUGCUUUUUGAAACAAGGUUUCUUUGGAUAGCCCUGGCUGUCCUGUAACUUGAUUUGUAGAUCAGGCUGACCUUGAACUCAUGGAGAUCUGCUUGCCUCUACCUCCCAAGUACUAGGAAUAAAAGCAUAUGCCGUCACCAC